CAGGAAGCCGCGCUGAUGCCCUCCUUCUCUGCAGUCCCUCAAGGCCUCCUGCCUCCGUUUCCUCCCGGGAUGUUCCCUCUGUGGCCCCCCAUGGCUCCCUUCCCUCCGGUGCCGGGCGUCCAGCCCCCCAACAACGCCGACAGUGCCUCCGCGGGGCCCCCGCCAGGAUCCCAAGGGUCAGGCACCGCUAGGCCCACGGGGGAUUCGGCCAGCACGUCGGACACCGCCACCUCCGCAGGGACCGUGCCGGGUUUCCCCUUCCCUCCCCCUUGGAUGGGGAUGCCGUUCCCCCCUCUCUUUGGCUUCCCUCCGAUGCCCGUUCCCCCCUCGGGGUUUGCGGGGCUGACGGAAGAGGAGCUGCGGGCCAUGGAAGGCCACGAACGGCAACACUUGGAGGCCCGGCUGCAGUGCCUGCAGAACAUCCACACACUCCUGGAUGCAGCCAUGCUCCAGAUCAACCAGUAUCUCACUGUGCUGUCUACGAUUGGGUGAGCCGCCUCCUCCCAUUUCCCCCUCACUUCC